GAUGGGAACAAAAAGACUGACAAACUUUAAAUCAAGAAGGAAGAGGGGAAAACGAAAAGUUGGAAAUAUCACAAAAAAUAAGAACGCCGUUCAAAUUUUAAAUGAACUGAAGCCAAACGCUCAAUUUUCCGUUCUAAGCCAAACUGGUCCAGUUCACGCGCCUACUUUUGUUGUAAGCUUUAGUAUUAAUGGACAAACAUUCGAAGGAAAAGGCGGUAAUAAGAAAAUCGCAAAGUUAAAUGCGGCAGAAAAUGCUCUCAAAAGUAUUGUACAACACCCAAUAUACAAACCGGUUAAAAACGGUGAUUUCACAACUGACGAAAAUUUUACAAAUAAGGAAUUUAUUACAUCAGCUACAAAUUCAACAGAAUUUGAAUCACCAAUCAAAUGUGCUAAAGCAAUUAAUUUAAAUAAUAAUAAAGAGGAAAAAAUUAAUCCUGUUGUCGUUCUGAAUGAAAUGUGCUCCAAAGUUGAAUAUAAAUUAAUUUUUGAAAGCGGAAUUGGUACUAACAAGAGCUUUCUUAUGGCUGCUUUGGUUAAUGGUAAAACAUUUCAGGGAGGCGGAAGGAAUAAAAAAGUUGCAAAAGCAAGAGCAGCAUCAAAUGCUUUAGCAUAUAUGUAUAAUUUAAAUUUACAUCAAAAUUCAUUUUCAAAAAUCAACCUGAUAUGUGAACAUAAAACUUUGAAUAUGGCAUGCCCAAACGGACAAAUUCUUAGAAUUCGAUCAGCAAAAUACGGAAGAGAUAAGGGAGAUACUAAAACUUGUCCUGAAGGAUCCGUACGGAGGUUUGCAUCAAGGAUUAAAUCAAAUAACUGUGAAGCAUCAACUUCUGUGGCAAAAACGAGAGCAAAUUGUGACGAUUUGCAAAAAUGCUCGGUUCUUGCCAAGAAUAGCCUGUUUGGUGAUCCAUCCAAUGUUGCCGGCUAUACUUUACAUACCAAGAAGGAUUAUCCAGGCCAUGACAUUGAUGUGGCUAAAAAAUCAAAUAGAAAAGCUUGCAGAGAUUUGUGUGAACGAAAAUACGGCUGUGCAGGCUUUGCUUUCGUCACCAAUUCAAGAACUUGUUAUCUGAAAAAGGAAGCACGUGCAUCUGGUGGAAACUUUAAAAAUAAUGCAGUUGUCGAUUUGUACAUAAGAACAAAAGGCGCAAAUGUUGUUUCUGGUUAUUCAAGGCAUGUGAACAAAGAUUAUCCAGGAUUUGAUAUUAAGCUUCACAAAUUGACCAGUUACGACUCAUGUAGUAAACUUUGUGACGCAAAUCAUUUGUGCCUAGCUUUCGAAUUCCAUAUAAGAACUGGAAAUUGCUACUUGAAGAGCAAAGGAGAAACAAGUGGACCUAAUUUUAAAGAUCAUAAUUUUGGAGAUUUCUUUUUUAAAUUGGGAGAAGUCGAAGGCUAUCAUCGAUACAUCAGAAAAGAUUUUCCUGGUUCGGAUAUUAGAGAAUACAAAAAAUCCAAUGUCAAAGAUUGUGCUGGACAUUGUAAUGCUCAAUACAAUUGUAUCGGCUUUGCAUUUUUGCCGAAUGUGAAAAGUUGUUAUAUAAAGCAUACAGGAAAACCAUCUGGAACUAAUUUUAUAAAUCGUGCCACUGUUGACAUAUACUUUAGAUUAAAUCUUGUUGACGCAAACAUCAAAGGAUAUAAAAGAUAUCAAUUUAAAGAUUACCCAUCAUACGAUAUGAAAAGAUAUUUCAACUCAAACCCUUUCGAUUGUGCUAAAUAUUGUGAAAAAACAAUCGGUUGUUUUGGAACUGUUUUCCUAUUUUCUAGCAAUAUUUGUCAUUUGAAGAGUCAAAUGCAAACUUCCGGUGCCAAUUUUAAGAAUCUUGAUGUGACGGAUUUAUACUUUAGAAUAGAUGGACCAAACACAAUUGGUGAAAAUUUGGUAUGCGAACAUAAGACAAUGACAAUUUCCUGCCCAACGGGAACUGGAAUACUUGUUGUUAACGCAAAAUACGGAAGAGACAAAUCAGAUUUGACAACAUGUCCAAAUAAUUCUAUCAACAAAUUUAAAAGUAGAAUUCUUUCCAAAAAUUGUGAAUCAGGAUUAUCAAAUUCCAAAUCACUUGGGCUCUGCCACGCGAAACGAACUUGUCAAAUUUCGGCAAAGAACAAUAUUUUUGGAGACCCUUGCAAAGGAAUUUUCAAAUACUUAAGAGUAAAAUAUAAAUGCAUAAACUACAACUUCAAAGGAUAUAAACAUUACAAAAUGAAAGAUUACCCAGGAUAUGACAUUAAACAAUUGAAAAAUUUGGAAAACGAUGAAUGUGUUAAAGCUUGUGACCAAACAACUGGUUGUAUUGGAGCAUUAUACAAUUUUCAAGGAAGAUUUUGCUAUUUGAAACAUACUGCAAUAGCUUCAGGACCUAACUUUAAAUACCAAUCAGCUGCCGACUUGUACAUAAGAUCAGAAGGACCUGCUCCCACACUGGAUGGAUAUAAACGCUAUCCUUUCAAGCAAUACCCUAACUUCGAUAUCAAGAAACUAACAAAAACAAAUCAUGUUAAAUGUUCUGAAUUUUGUAAUAAGGACAACAGAUGUGCCGGCUUUGUUUUCCAUGCAAGUAUUAAAACAUGCUAUGUAAAGUAUGAAGCUAAGGCUAGCGGAUCGAACUUCAAAACUUAUGGAAAAAGUGAUCUUUAUUUAAGGAUAGGAGGACAUAAAGCCGAUGUGAAAGGAUAUAAAAGGUAUCCUACGAAAGAUUACCCUCACUACGAUAUCAGAUACUAUGAUAGAAGCACCCAACAAGCUUGCGCUAAUCACUGCGAUGAUCAGUACAACUGCGUUGGUUUUGAGUUCAUCUUUACAAUUUCGCGUUGUUACAUAAAACACAGAGCGGAAGCUAAAGGAAAAAAUUUCAAAAAUAACCCUAUAGGUGACUUAUAUAUUAGAGAAGGACCUGCCAGACAAGUUAAUGUCAAAGGAUACACAAGAUACCCAUUGAAAAUAUCAACUUCAUCUAACAUUUUGAAAAUAACUCUCUCAAACAUAGUAGCUUGCGGAAAUGAAUGUGACAACAAACAAGGAUGCUAUGGUUUCGCUUUUGACUUUAAACGUAACGACUGCUAUCUUAAGACUAAGUUUGGUAGCGUUGCUAAAUUUCAUAAUCACCAAAAUACUGAUAUGUUCGUUCGAAAAGCUGGACCAUCAACUUCAACACUAGAUUUAACUUGCGAGCAUGAAACUCUCGCCAUCGCUUGUCCCGUAUCACAAGUUGUUAAAGUUUUAAGUGCAAAAUACGGAAGAGACAAAGGUGAUUUGAAAAUUUGUCAUAGACCAUCCGUCACGAAAUUUCAGAAACGAGUAAAAUCAAGUAAUUGUGAAAGCGGAAAAUCUCUAAAUGCGGUUAAAAACCUAUGCGAAGGAAAGGACAAGUGUUCUAUACUUGCCAAGAACAAUGUUUUUAGCGAUCCAUGUGUAGGAAUUUUCAAAUACUUAAGAGUUAGAUAUCAAUGCGUUGACGCUGUGACAGUAUGUUUUGAUAAAUUCAAGAAUAAGCAUACACCAAGACAUGAAGAUAAGAUAUUAAAGAGCGUUGCAUCAGCAAGAGCAUGCCAAUAUUUGUGUCAAGAAGAAGAAAGUUUUAAUUGUGUAUUUGCUGAAUAUUAUAAAUCUGGAAGGAAUGCUCGCACUUGUGUUCUUUCUAAAUAUUAUCCAUCUGGAAGUGAAUUGGCUGGAAAUAGUGCUAUUGACUCUUUCAGACGAUGCGAUUUUGAUUGUAACAAGAAGAAGGGAAUAUUCAAUCCAUAUAACAACAUUUGCUACCGUUUACAUAAUAAACGAACAACUUACGAUGCCGCUAGAAAGAAUUGUCAAAGAAGUGGCGGAGAACUAGCAUCUUUAACAAGCUUUGAAGACUGGAGUUUUAUCAAAAGAUUCAGAUAUAUCAUUCCCGAUUAUGCCUAUGUAGGAGCAACCGAUCAAUUUUUGGAAAAUCAAUGGUAUUUCCCAAUGAAUGGAGUUUUCUUGCCAUUAAAUAUUCCCUAUUUCGGGAAACCAGUAGAACCCAAUGGAAAGACAUUUGAAAAUUGCUUAAUGCUAUCCAGAAAAGAUGCUAAAGGAAUUGAUGUUUCUUGCUCUGUUCCAAAAUAUUCAAUUUGUGAAUUUAGAACAAAAAUAUCUACUUUCGAUUAUAACAGCUAUUCUCUGGCUUUUGGCAAAGGAUUAAAAAAUAAGAAAUUGACCAUAAAACCUACGAAACGACAAACUGUAAAGACUAUUGAUGAUUGUUUUAAGGCCUGCGCAAUGGACCCCAAAUGUAAAAGUUUCGGUUAUCAUAAAUCAAAAAAAUGUGCUUUCUAUGAUAAUAAAAAUUCUUUCACAAACCCAUCACAAUUGGCAGCUAAUUCUGGUUGGACUCAUUACGAUCAUGUCAUAAGAAAAUAUGAUCAUUGUCCUGCUAAUGCAAUUAAGGAUCCAAAUAGCGAUCUUUGUCUUAAACAUUACGCCCAAAAGGUAACCCAUGCUAUGGCUGGUGCAAAAUGCAAAACUAAUGAGAAGAAAUCAGGUCGUUUAAUCAUCGAUACUGAUGUCUCAAAGAACCUAAUUCAACAAAAUAAACGCCGAUUUCCUGAUUUAUUCUGGAAUGGUGCUGUUGAUAUUAACAGAGAAGGUGUUUGGUAUUAUAACAUUGGAAAAAAAUCUUAUAGAAUUUCUAAAGCUUAUUGGAGUGCGAGAGAACCCAACGGAAACACUAUCGAAAACUGUGUCAUGGAAAGAAACCAUAAGAACUCAUGGAUAGAUGUUUCAUGUGAUGCAAAGAAAUUUUAUACUUGUGAAUAUAGAGCUAGUCCUCAAACUGGACCGAACGAUAUGUUGAUAGAGGAUGUUCCUGGUUAUCAUCUCUAUUUAGGAAAAGAUUAUCCUGGAUACGAUAUUCAAGAAUUUAAAAAUUCCAAUUCAAAAGACUGUGCUAAACGUUGUAAUGAAAAGGAUAUAUGUCUCGGUUUUGCAUUUUUGGUGAAAUCAAAGCGAUGCUUUAUCAAAUCACAAGUAUCAAUAGCUGGAAAAAAUUUCAAGUCUAUAAAAAAUAUUAAUCUCUACGUUAGAUUAAAUGCUCCUUCAAUUCGUGAUGAAUGCUAUAAGAAAGUUCCAAGACACCAUCAACCAGGGCAUAAUAAUAAAGUGUACAAGAACAUUGCCAAUGCAUACUUAUGUAAACUUCUCUGUGUUCAAUCAGAUGCAUUUAAAUGUCUAUCUUUUGAAUUUCACACAACUGGAAGGAAUAAAAAUCAAUGUGUCCUUUCAAGAAAUUUCCCUAUUAGGUCCCAAUUGAAAGCUAAUCGGGAAGUGAAUACUUAUCUGAAAUGCGAUAAAUCUUGUGAUGAGAGGAAAGGAUUUUAUAAUCCAUACAUUGAUGUUUGUUACCGCCUCGACACUCGAAAAAUGACUUGGCCAAAAGCUCAAGAGGUUUGUAGAAAAGAGAACGGGCAACUUGCUGUUCUUCCCACAACUCAAGAUUGGACGUUUUUGAUGAGAAUAAGAAACAAAAUACCAAAUUACGCAUGGGUUGGUUUAACUGAUGACUAUAUUGAGGGAAGAUGGUAUUUCCACCACGGCGAUCUUCGCCUUCCAACAAUUAUUUCUUACAUUAACAAGCCAGUAGAACCAAAUGGAAAAACUGUUGAAAAUUGUUUAUUUUUGCAAAAAAGUAAUGGAAAAGGUGUAGAUGACAAUUGUUUUGCAAAGAGAGCCUUCUUCUGUGAAUAUAGAAAUUCGAAAUCUAUUCUCAAUUAUAACUACUACAAUCUUGAAUUUCAAUAUCGUGGAAAAAAGGUUCUAUCAGUUGCUCCAACGAAGGUUAUGGCAGUUAAAAACAUAAAUGAUUGUUAUAAAACUUGCGUUGAGGAUUUGAAUUGUAAAAGUUUCGCCUAUCAUAUAUCAAAAAAAUGCGCUUUCUACUCCAAUGCUAACUCUUUCACUCACUCUGAUCAGUUCAAAGUAGAUAGGAAAUGGAGACACUACGACAAAUACAUGGCAAAAUAUGAUCAUUGUCCACCAAAUUCAGUAAAAGAUUAUACUUCUGAUUUCUGUAUGAAACUUUACAAAACUCCAGUUGAUUGGGCAACAGCAGAGAAAAAUUGCAAAACCAACGAUGGAAAGAUUGGACAUUUAAUAGUGGAUACACCUCGCUCAAAAACAUUGAUGAACCAAUUUAAAGCCUCAUUCAGUGGAAAUUUCUGGAACGGUGUAACAGAUGCAAAUAAUGAAGGUGUUUGGCAUUAUCAUGUUGGGGACAAGUCUUAUAAAAUUGAAAGAUCAUGGUGGGGAGCCCGAGAACCAAAUGGAAAAACUGUAGAAAAUUGCGUGUUUGAAAAUAGUGGAAGAAAGAGUUGGAUUGAUCAGGAUUGUAGUAAAAAGUAUAACUAUGUCUGUGCAUAUAACGCUAGAGAAAGAGUAAUUGCGGAGAGAUUUGCUUUAUUAAAAUGCGAAAAGCCUGGUGCUUUUGGCGAUAAGAAAACUGGAAUCUGUUAUAAGCAAUUUAAAGAGCAGGUUAAUUUUAAUACUGCUUCUCAAAAUUGUAAAAAAGAUGGAGGUCAAUUAGCCGUCUUGCCUGCUGGUCAAUCAAGAAAUUUCCUAUUUCGUAGAAGAUCAACACUCAAGGGCAAUUUUUGGAUUGGUGCUACUGAUAGAAAUUUGGAAGGGUUCUGGGAAUGGAAUUUUGGAAAUAAAUUGUUUCCUGGAACAGGACUAGUCUGGAAAAGCAAAGGAUUUCGAGAAAAUUCCAAAAACGAUUGUGCAGCAAUGGAAGCCUCUGAUAUAAAAGCUAUAUCACAAAAAUGCUCAAAGAAAGCAUCUUAUUUAUGUGAAUACAGACCUAAAAAAGCUGGAGUAAAUAUUGUAUGGCUACAUGGUUACGAAACCAGAAGUGGUUAUGAAGUUAGCGAUAAAUCACCAUUUGUACAGACGAAAUCAGUUGUAGAUUGUGCAGCUAGAUGCUACAAAAAUCAAAAAUGUUAUGGUUUUAAUUACAGCAUUAAUAAAAAGAAAUGCCAAUACCUCACGCGAAAGAACUAUUAUACUCAUCCGAAAGAUAGAAAGAGAAAUAGCAGGAUGAAGACAUACUCAGUCAGAGUACGAAAAUAUGAUCAUUGUCCUAAGAAUGCUAUAAAAGAUCCAGUGGAGGGAACAUGCUAUAAAUAUUUUGGUAAAAAGGUCUCCUGGAAAAAAGCUCUUAAAAACUGUAGAAAGAGUGGUGGGAAAUUUGGAAAUCUUGUUGUUCCCACUAAAAGGUCAAUCAAUUUCUUGUACAGUAGACGUUCUAAUUUCCCAGGAAAAUGGUGGAUUGGUGUUACCGAUAUAACAACCGAAAACCUGUGGCAAUUUAGAUGGAAUGGAGCUGAGAAAAGAUUAGUUUAUGCUCAAUGGGCUUCUAAGCCAAUAAGAGAUCCGUCCAAAAAUUGUGUAUCAAGCACAGUCGGUGGAAGGAAAUGGACACCAAAAAACUGUGAUGAUAAAUUGGGCUAUAUUUGUCAAUAUACACCUGUGCAACCUCCAACAAAUAACCUCCUUAGCUUUGGCCGACAUAGACGUAGAAUUCUGAAAGGAUACGAUGAUAGGUCACUAUCUAACGUCAAAAGUGCCCUGGACUGCGCGAAUGCUUGUCAAAAGUGGGGCAAGUGUAGAUCAUUUGAUUAUAGUUCAGCCAAGAAGAUAUGCAAUCUUUCAAAGCAAAGCAGAAUUACUAGACCCCGAGCCUUUAUCAAAAAUCGAAUGUUUGACAAUUACUAUCAUACUACCAGAUCACUAUCUCACUGUCCAAGAGACGCUUUUUAUGAUCCUCAUACACCACUUCGUUGCUAUAAAGCUUUUAACAAACCUUUGACAUGGAAGGAUGCUGCCCAAAGCUGUUUUGAUAAUGGUGGUGGUAGAUUGGUUGCUAUUCCAAAUAUCUACUCUUUAAGAAGCAUAAGAAGGGCUUUAAGAGUUAGACCGAUUGAGUAUUGGACUGCUUUAAAUGACAUUAGAGAGGAAGGUGUCUUUGCCUGGACGUGGGGAGUCACUCAAACAAAACUAGGAAGUUGGAGCUAUUGGCUUAAAAACUCGAAUAAUGAUAAACUAAACUGCGGUUAUGCACAACGAAAUAAGGGAGAUAAAUGGGCGUUGUCAGAUUGUGAAAACAGUAAACCAUACAUUUGCGAAUAUAGAAGUGAAGGAGACACUGAAAUCAAUGUUCCUUGCCCAUUGGGAUGGAAAACUUAUGAAAGCAACUGUUACUAUCCCGUAGCUUCAAAAUCUCUUGGUUGGAAUGAUGCAAGAACUAUGUGCAAAAAUAGCGGUGCUGAUUUAGUAUCAGUGACAUCUAUUGAAGAACAAAAAUAUGUCAACUCUUUAAUCAAAAAAUCACUAAGGAAAAAGAAAUCUGUCUGGAUGGGUUUGAAUGAUAUUAAAAAAGAGGCUGAUUGGUUAUGGAGUGAUGGAAGCGAGAGUAGUGACUUCUCUAAUUGGGAGGAUCCCAACGAACAAGCAAGAGUUGGAAAGUCGGAAGAUUGUGGUUACUUUAAUGUAAGAAAGGGCUAUAAGUGGGGAGAUGACAAAUGUAACGCACCAAAAGCCUUUAUUUGUAAGGGUAAUCCCAAGGAAAUGAAAUCAACUGACUGUAUGACAAGAAAACUAAGAUGCCCAGCAAACGCCAUUUGUGAAGAUGGUAAAACACAGUCAUCUUGCAAAUGUAGCGCCGGUUUGACACCCGUUAUCAGACGAGGAAGAUUAAUUAGAUGUCAAGCCAGCAACUUGUGUAGAGCAUCUGGUGAUCCACAUUACAGAACAUUCGAUGGAGCAAUUAUUCAUUUUAUGGGCGUAUGCAAAUAUACUUUAUCAGAGCCAUGUGGACCUAAAACUAAAGGCAAGCCCAAAUGGAGUGUUAAGGUUAUAAAUGAACGAAGAGGACGAAAUAUGAGAGUCUCAUUCACAAAAAUCGUUGAUAUUGAGGUUUACGAAAAGGUUAUCAGAUUCAUGAAGAAUGGAGUCAUUUUGGUUGAUGGUGUAAGAAGUCUCCCUCAAAAUCUUUUAGGAGGACGUAUUAAGAUAAGCUCGUUUGGAUUGAAUAAGCUAUCACUUUCCACAGACUUUGGAUUAAUCGUGAGAUUUUCCGGAAAUCAUAUGGCUGAAGUUAUAUCUCCAGCCAAUUUACGAGGACAACUCUGUGGUUUAUGUGGCAACUGGGAUGGAAAUAAAAAUAAUGACUAUUUCCCCAAAGGAAGAAAUAGUAAAGGAAGUUACGUCGAUAUCGGUAAUAGCUGGAUGUCUAAAAAUCAAGAGGAACAAUCUUGCUCUAUACAAGAUGAUGAAGAAGAUGUAACAACAGAUUGUGAUCCAAAUCUUAAGAAUUUGAUCACAAAAAAAUGUCAAAAGAUGUCAACUUUGCCAGCAUUCAAGCCUUGCCACAAAAAAUUAUCACCAACUGAUGCUAUUGAAGAAUGUAUCUUCGAUCUAUGUGCCUCUAAAAAUAAAGAAGAGGUUUAUUGUGAUGCACUAGAGACAUACUCGGAAUCUUGCAGAAUGAGAGGCGUAGUUGUAGAAUUCAGAUCCAAAAAUCUUUGCGCCCCUAAUUGUCCACCGAACUCUGUCUUUAAAUCACAAACUUCUGCUUGCCCUGCAACUUGCCUGGACAAAGAUGCUCCAGACACUUGUAAGAAACCAAAUACUGAAGGUUGUGAAUGUAAAGAUGGCUUCUUGAGAAAUGGUGCUAAGUGUGUUCCCGAGAAACAAUGUGGAUGUGUUGCCAAAAACGGUCUCUACCACGAUUACAAGGACAAAUGGCUCAACAAGAAAUGUACCAUAAGAUAUACAUGUUUGAAAGGAGGAAAAAUUAUUCAAAGAGUUAACAAGUGUCACAGGCACGCCUUCUGCGGCGUCAGAAAGGGUAAACGAGGAUGCCACUGUAAGAAGGGUUUUAGAGGAAAUGGCCUUAAGUGUUUCGAUAUCAACGAAUGCAGACGCAGGAAGCACAACUGUCGUGGUGGUUCACGCUGUGUUAAUACUAUAGGAUCAUUCAGAUGCAAGUGCAAACGAGGAUAUAGAUUCGCUGGUGGAAGAUGCCGAGAUAUCAAUGAAUGCAAGGGACGAAAAAAAGUGUGCAAAAACAAAUGUAUUAACACCAUGGGAGGCUACAGAUGCGUUUGUAAUAAUGGUUUUAUCAAAAGAAGAGGAAGAAGAAUAUGCAAACCUGUUAAUGAGUGUAAAACUGGAGUUGCAAAAUGUCCAAAGGGAAGCAUUUGCAGAGACACAAGACGCGGAUAUGUAUGUCGUUGUCCCAAGAGAAGACGACUGUCUACAAACCCUUUGACUGGUAAAAAAGAAUGUAUGACAUUACACAGGUGCUCUGCUGCUGGAGAUCCUCAUUACAGAACUUUUGAUGGCUUAAGAUUAGAUUUUAUGGGUACUUGCAAAUAUACUUUAGCUAAAACGUGUCCCAAGAAAGAACAGGAAAAUCUUCCAGACUUUAAUGUUGAGGUUUUAAAUGAGCAUAGAGGAAAGAAAACUACAGUUUCUUACACAGCAUUAGUUGAUAUCGAUGUAUAUGGAUAUAGAAUCAGAUUAAAGAAGGGUAGACGAGUUAUCAUAGGCAAAAUGAAAGAGUCUAGCGAAGGCUUAAGAUCAAUGACAAAUGGAAUUCUUAGAACGGUUCCUAUCAGGAAACCAGGAUUUGUUGUAAAACGAGAAGGAAGAUUCGUUGUUCUUAGAACUGACUUUGGUCUAGCAGUUACUUUCGAUGGAAGAAGUAGAGCAAUAGUGGAAUUGCCUUCUUACUAUAAGAAUAUGGGAAUGUGUGGUAUUUGUGGUAACUUUGAUGGUAACAAAAAGAACGAUAUUAUUGGCUCCGAUGGAAAACCAGCUCCUCCUACAACAAUUAAGGUAAUCAGAAGAGGUAAAACAAGAACUAGAUAUAGAUAUGCAGACUUGGGUAAUUCAUGGGAAGUUAUUGAUAGAGCAACAAAACCAGGAUGUAGACCGCUAAGAGAUGAACCAGGACAAUGUACCAAAAAAGAAGAGCAAAACUUAGAAUCUAAGAAUAAAUAUAAAAACAACCAGGAUUUAAUUGACGACGAAUUAGAUAAUUGUGUCUUUGAUGCUUGUCUCGUGAAGGAUAAUAGAAAUGAAAUGAUCUGUAAAUCCAUUGAAGAUUUUGCAGAUAAAUGUAGAGAAAAGUAUGAUGUAGCUGUUGUUUGGAGAAAAAAUAAUUUCUGCCCUCUAAAGUGCCAAGCAAAUGCUGUAUAUGCCCAGGAGACAUCAUCUUGUCCAGCAACAUGUGAAAAUCCUGAUGCAGAUCCGAACGAUUGCGAAGAACCUCCUAAGGAAGGUUGCGUAUGCAAAAAGGGCUUUGUUUUAGAUGGAAACAACUGUAUUCCAAGUAAUAAGUGCGGCUGUAAGAUGCCUGAUGGUGGAUUCAUGGAGAUUGGUCAAUUCUAUUCUUCAGAAGAUUGUACCAUAAGAUUUACUUGUGAGAAAAAUAGAGAUUUCAAAGAAGUAAAAUUGGGUAAAUGUAAUAAGAGAGCAAGCUGUAGAGUUAAGGAUGGAGUUCGAUCCUGCCAUUGUAAACGAGGAUGGAUUGGAAAUGGUUACAAAGGGUGCACAGAUGAAAAUGAAUGUAAAACUGGAACACAUAAAUGCAGCAAAGAUGCUAAUUGCAUUAAUGAAGUCGGAGGAUAUGAUUGCAAAUGUAAACGUGGCUUCACUGGUGAUGGAAGAGUUUGCAUUCCAUUACCACCUUGUGAGAAAGGAUUUGAAAGAAAUGAAGACAACAAAUGCAUUGAUAUUAAUGAAUGUGAAAGGAGUCCUUGCCAUGAAAAUGCAAAAUGCUUCAAUACGAGAGGCUCAUACAAAUGUAAAUGUGCCAAAGGUUUUAGAGGAGACGGAAAGAGACAAUGCUUCAGAUAUUAUCAUUGCUAUGCAGCUGGAGAUCCUCAUUACAAAACAUUUGAUGGACAAAAAUUUGAUUUUAUGGGAACUUGUCAAUAUACAUUAGCAAAACCAUGUCCGGAAGCUGAAAAAGGAGGUUUACCUGCUUUCAAUGUUGAAGUACGAAAUUAUCACAGACCAAAUAGAAAGAAGACUGUGUCUUAUACAAAGUACGUUGAUAUUCAAACUUUAGGAUAUAAUGUCAGACUAGGACAACGGCUAAGGGUUACGAUUAAUGGUGCUAAGAGACGAUUAAAUUUUGGAGAUAAAACUAAAGGUCUUUAUGUUAAAUUGGUCAUCAAAAGGAGAAGAAGAUACGUAGUACUGAAAACAAACUUUGGCUUGAAGGUAACUUGGGACGGAAAUACUCGAGUACGAGUGGACGUUCCUGAUACUUACAAAAACAGAAUGUGUGGUAUGUGCGGAAAUAUGGACGGAAAUAAACAGAACGACUUAGUAACCAAGGAUGGAAAACCAAUUAAUGCUAUCGUUAUCACAAAAAGAGGUAGAAGAAAGAUAAAAGCUCCUGAAUUGGGCGAUAGCUACAAAGUUGGGGGUCCACCACACUGUCGCACCUUCGAUGAUCCGCAGCCCGAAUGCAGCGUCAAACAGGAACAGGAAGCUGAGAAAUUGUGUAAUAUUUUAAUUAAUGAGAAAGGUCCACUUGGUUCAUGUAUUAAAAAAAAGAAAGAGGACGCUCUACGUAUCUACAAUGAUUGCAUUGCGGAUUUAUGCGCAAUGAAUGGUGACAAUUUAAUUACAUCAUCUUGUAGUGCCAUUGAGGACUUUGUUGAAACAUGUGAAGAGGCAAUUGAAGGUUUCAACGCCGAAUGGAGAAAGUUUACCGAUUGUCCCGUAACAUGUCCAGAAAAUAUGGAAUUUAAAUUAAAUGCUCCAUCGUGUGACGAAACUUGUGGAGGAGAGAUUUCUGGCGAUUGUGAUGAUGAACCAUCUUCAAGAUGCAUAUGUAAACCAGGUUUUGUAUUACAAGGUACAAACUGCGUUGAAAAAACAAACUGUGGAGGAUGUAAAGAUGAAAAUGGUAUAACUAGAGACAUUGGAGAAACAUGGUCCACAGCGAAUUGUAAAAAGCAAUGCACCUGCAAAUCAAAUGGUAACUCAAAAUGUGCUAACCAUCCUAACUGCAUAGCUAUGAACGCUAAGUGUAUAAAAACUGAUGGCGAAUGGGGGUGCAAUUGUGAAAGAGGAUUAAGAAUGAACAACAAAGGUGAAUGCGACGACAUCGAUGAGUGUAGAGAAAAGACAGAUACUUGUCAUUCAAAGGCAACAUGCACAAACGAAAUUCCAGGAUUCAAAUGUAAAUGUAAACCAGGUUUUACUGGAAAUGGCUUCCAAUGCAAACCAGAGGAACAAAAUCCACAAAAGCCACCUCCAGAUGAAGAAUUCACAGAAAAAGAGGAAACCAUCAAGCAGGCUUGUGAACAUCAAUCUUUGAACAUAAAAUGUCAACCAGGGAAAGUUUUGAAAAUCAAACGAGCAUUUUAUGGAAGAGCAAGAAAAGACAUGAAAACUUGCAAAAAAUCAUCACUAAACAAAUUCAUUUCUACAAUACAAAACAAAAAAUGCCAAUCACUGAAAUCUUUGAAAGUCAUUCGCAAGGCUUGCAAUUCAAAACGACAAUGUACCAUUCUAGCUAAGAACACCUUGUUUGGUGAUCCAUGCCCUGGAAUAUUUAAAUACUUAAAAAUAGCCUAUACCUGUCAGAACGAUGCAAAAACCAAAACUGCCUGUGAACAUAAAGUGCUCAAACUGGCCUGCCCAGCUGGUAGAAAGAUUGCUGUGAGAAGAGCUGUUUAUGGAAGAGGAAAGGGAGACAUGAAAGUUUGUCCACAAAAAUCAUUGUCAAAAUUCCAAAAAAGAAUUGCUGCCAGUGUGUGUGCUUCCAAGAAAUCUCUUUCACAAGUAAGGAAAUUCUGUAAUGGAAAGAGAAGAUGUAAUGUAUUGGCAAAGAAUAAUGUGUUUGGAGAUCCUUGCCCAGGAAUUUUCAAAUACUUGAGAGUUGCAUAUGUCUGUAAAAAAGUUUUAGCAACACCACCAAAACCAAAACCAAAACCAAAUGUCAAGACUGGAGUUACGUGUGAACACAAAGUUCUUAAACUGGCCUGCCCAGCUGGUAGAAAGAUUGCUGUGAGAAGAGCUGUUUAUGGAAGAGGAAAGGGAGACAUGAAAGUUUGUCCACAAAAAUCAUUGUCAAAAUUCCAAAAAAGAAUUGCUGCCAGUGUGUGUGCUUCCAAGAAAUCUCUUUCACAAGUAAGGAAAUUCUGUAAUGGAAAGAGAAGAUGUAAUGUAUUGGCAAAGAAUAAUGUGUUUGGAGAUCCUUGCCCAGGAAUUUUCAAAUACUUGAGAGUUGCAUAUGUCUGUAAAAAAGUUUUAGCAACACCACCAAAACCAAAACCAAAACCAAAUGUCAAGACUGGAGUUACGUGUGAACACAAAGUUCUUAAACUGGCCUGCCCAGCUGGUAGAAAGAUUGCUGUGAGAAGAGCUGUUUAUGGAAGAGGAAAGGGAGACAUGAAAGUUUGUCCACAAAAAUCAUUGUCAAAAUUCCAAAAAAGAAUUGCUGCCAGUGUGUGUGCUUCCAAGAAAUCUCUUUCACAAGUAAGGAAAUUCUGUAAUGGAAAGAGAAGAUGUAAUGUAUUGGCAAAGAAUAAUGUGUUUGGAGAUCCUUGCCCAGGAAUUUUCAAAUACUUGAGAGUUGCAUAUGUCUGUAAAAAAGUUUUAGCAACACCACCAAAACCAAAACCAAAACCAAAUGUCAAGACUGGAGUUACGUGUGAACACAAAGUUCUUAAACUGGCCUGCCCAGCUGGUAGAAAGAUUGCUGUGAGAAGAGCUGUUUAUGGAAGAGGAAAGGGAGACAUGAAAGUUUGUCCACAAAAAUCAUUGUCAAAAUUCCAAAAAAGAAUUGCUGCCAGUGUGUGUGCUUCCAAGAAAUCUCUUUCACAAGUAAGGAAAUUCUGUAAUGGAAAGAGAAGAUGUAAUGUAUUGGCAAAGAAUAAUGUGUUUGGAGAUCCUUGCCCAGGAAUUUUCAAAUACUUGAGAGUUGCAUAUGUCUGUAAAAAAGUUUUAGCAACACCACCAAAACCAAAACCAAAACCAAAUGUCAAGACUGGAGUUACGUGUGAACACAAAGUUCUUAAACUGGCCUGCCCAGCUGGUAGAAAGAUUGCUGUGAGAAGAGCUGUUUAUGGAAGAGGAAAGGGAGACAUGAAAGUUUGUCCACAAAAAUCAUUGUCAAAAUUCCAAAAAAGAAUUGCUGCCAGUGUGUGUGCUUCCAAGAAAUCUCUUUCACAAGUAAGGAAAUUCUGUAAUGGAAAGAGAAGAUGUAAUGUAUUGGCAAAGAAUAAUGUGUUUGGAGAUCCUUGCCCAGGAAUUUUCAAAUACUUGAGAGUUGCAUAUGUCUGUAAAAAAGUUUUAGCAACACCACCAAAACCAAAACCAAAACCAAAUGUCAAGACUGGAGUUACGUGUGAACACAAAGUUCUUAAACUGGCCUGCCCAGCUGGUAGAAAGAUUGCUGUGAGAAGAGCUGUUUAUGGAAGAGGAAAGGGAGACAUGAAAGUUUGUCCACAAAAAUCAUUGUCAAAAUUCCAAAAAAGAAUUGCUGCCAGUGUGUGUGCUUCCAAGAAAUCUCUUUCACAAGUAAGGAAAUUCUGUAAUGGAAAGAGAAGAUGUAAUGUAUUGGCAAAGAAUAAUGUGUUUGGAGAUCCUUGCCCAGGAAUUUUCAAAUACUUGAGAGUUGCAUAUGUCUGUAAAAAAGUUUUAGCAACACCACCAAAACCAAAACCAAAACCAAAUGUCAAGACUGGAGUUACGUGUGAACACAAAGUUCUUAAACUGGCCUGCCCAGCUGGUAGAAAGAUUGCUGUGAGAAGAGCUGUUUAUGGAAGAGGAAAGGGAGACAUGAAAGUUUGUCCACAAAAAUCAUUGUCAAAAUUCCAAAAAAGAAUUGCUGCCAGUGUGUGUGCUUCCAAGAAAUCUCUUUCACAAGUAAGGAAAUUCUGUAAUGGAAAGAGAAGAUGUAAUGUAUUGGCAAAGAAUAAUGUGUUUGGAGAUCCUUGCCCAGGAAUUUUCAAAUACUUGAGAGUUGCAUAUGUCUGUAAAAAAGUUUUAGCAACACCACCAAAACCAAAACCAAAACCAAAUGUCAAGACUGGAGUUACGUGUGAACACAAAGUUCUUAAACUGGCCUGCCCAGCUGGUAGAAAGAUUGCUGUGAGAAGAGCUGUUUAUGGAAGAGGAAAGGGAGACAUGAAAGUUUGUCCACAAAAAUCAUUGUCAAAAUUCCAAAAAAGAAUUGCUGCCAGUGUGUGUGCUUCCAAGAAAUCUCUUUCACAAGUAAGGAAAUUCUGUAAUGGAAAGAGAAGAUGUAAUGUAUUGGCAAAGAAUAAUGUGUUUGGAGAUCCUUGCCCAGGAAUUUUCAAAUACUUGAGAGUUGCAUAUGUCUGUAAAAAAGUUUUAGCAACACCACCAAAACCAAAACCAAAACCAAAUGUCAAGACUGGAGUUACGUGUGAACACAAAGUUCUUAAACUGGCCUGCCCAGCUGGUAGAAAGAUUGCUGUGAGAAGAGCUGUUUAUGGAAGAGGAAAGGGAGACAUGAAAGUUUGUCCACAAAAAUCAUUGUCAAAAUUCCAAAAAAGAAUUGCUGCCAGUGUGUGUGCUUCCAAGAAAUCUCUUUCACAAGUAAGGAAAUUCUGUAAUGGAAAGAGAAGAUGUAAUGUAUUGGCAAAGAAUAAUGUGUUUGGAGAUCCUUGCCCAGGAAUUUUCAAAUACUUGAGAGUUGCAUAUGUCUGUAAAAAAGUUUUAGCAACACCACCAAAACCAAAACCAAAACCAAAUGUCAAGACUGGAGUUACGUGUGAACACAAAGUUCUUAAACUGGCCUGCCCAGCUGGUAGAAAGAUUGCUGUGAGAAGAGCUGUUUAUGGAAGAGGAAAGGGAGACAUGAAAGUUUGUCCACAAAAAUCAUUGUCAAAAUUCCAAAAAAGAAUUGCUGCCAGUGUGUGUGCUUCCAAGAAAUCUCUUUCACAAGUAAGGAAAUUCUGUAAUGGAAAGAGAAGAUGUAAUGUAUUGGCAAAGAAUAAUGUGUUUGGAGAUCCUUGCCCAGGAAUUUUCAAAUACUUGAGAGUUGCAUAUGUCUGUAAAAAAGUUUUAGCAACACCACCAAAACCAAAACCAAAACCAAAUGUCAAGACUGGAGUUACGUGUGAACACAAAGUUCUUAAACUGGCCUGCCCAGCUGGUAGAAAGAUUGCUGUGAGAAGAGCUGUUUAUGGAAGAGGAAAGGGAGACAUGAAAGUUUGUCCACAAAAAUCAUUGUCAAAAUUCCAAAAAAGAAUUGCUGCCAGUGUGUGUGCUUCCAAGAAAUCUCUUUCACAAGUAAGGAAAUUCUGUAAUGGAAAGAGAAGAUGUAAUGUAUUGGCAAAGAAUAAUGUGUUUGGAGAUCCUUGCCCAGGAAUUUUCAAAUACUUGAGAGUUGCAUAUGUCUGUAAAAAAGUUUUAGCAACACCACCAAAACCAAAACCAAAACCAAAUGUCAAGACUGGAGUUACGUGUGAACACAAAGUUCUUAAACUGGCCUGCCCAGCUGGUAGAAAGAUUGCUGUGAGAAGAGCUGUUUAUGGAAGAGAAAGGGAGACAUGA